AUGUCUGAAUCCUACGAGCAACAGCCUCCGGCUGAAGAAUACCCAGAAGCACCAGUUCCUACUUCUUCGGGCGAUAUAGAUAUCGAACAGCAACCACCAGCUGAGGAAGAGCAAAAACAGCCAGAGGAAAACAUGCCUCCUCCUACUCAUGAAGGAGAAGAUUUGGAACAACGUCAUCGUCCACACCAUGAGGAUCACGGUAUGAUGGAAGAACACCAUCAUCAUCAUCCUGGCCCUCAGCCUUAUUAUCCUCCUCCUCCACAACCUGAAGGUGAGUUAUCUACUACUAGGUUGUUUGUGAGACCAUUCCCAUUCGAUGUACAGGAAUCCGAGCUUAAUGAGAUUUUCACUCCAUUUGGUCCUAUGAAAGAAGUUAAGAUUCUAAACGGAUUUGCAUUCGUUGAAUUCGAAGAAGCCGAUUCUGCUUCUAGAGCCAUUGAAGAGGUGAACGGUAAGACUUUUGCCAACCAGCCUUUAGAAGUUAUGUUCUCUAAACUGCCACCAAAGAGAUACCGUAUUGUCCUCAGAAAUCUACCUGAAGGUUGUUCGUGGCAAGAACUGAAGGAUUUGGCUCGUGAAAACAACCUAGAAACUACUUUCUCGAGUGUCAACACCAGAGAUUUUGACGGGACCGGUGCCUUGGAGUUCCCAACUGAUGAAGUUUUGGAGGACGCCUUGGAAAAGCUCAAUAACAUUGAGUUCCGGGGUUCUGUGAUCAGUGUUGAAAGAGAUGACAACCCGCCACCAAUUAGAAGAUCUAACAGAGGCGGUUUCAGAGGUCGUGGCGGUUUCAGAGGCGGCUUUGGCGGUGGCUUCAGAGGCGGCUUCGGUGGUCCAAGAGGCGGCUCGGUGGCCCAAGAGGCGGAUUCGGUGGCCCAAGAGGCGGCUUUGGUGGCCCAAGAGGUGGCUUUGGUGGCCCAAGAGGUGGCUUCGGUGGCCCAAGAGGUGGCUUUAACGGUCCUAGAGGCGGUUUUGGUGCUCCAAGAGGUGGUUACGGCGCCCCAAGAGGUGACUAUGGUGGUCCAAGAGGUGGCUUUGGUGGUCCAAGAGGUGGCUUUGGUGGCCCAAGAGGUGGCUACGGUGGUCCAAGAGGUGAUUAUGGUGCUCCAAGGGGCGACUAUGGUGCUCCAAGAGAUUCCUACAGAACCAGAGACGCUCCUCCACGUGAAAGGUCUCCAACCAGACAAUAAGUGUAACCAAGAAUAA